AUGACAUCUCAGCCUCCUGCAUCAGCAAACGCUGCCACCAAUUUGUCGCAGCCGUUUCUGCUCGCGCCGUUGCAAUCAUCAACAUCGUCCAAUGCGCCCAUCACUCCUAGCAAAGCAAGAAAGCAGGCACAUGCGCAACGCACACGACUCUUGGCGUUAUCCAAGCAUCUGAUGACACGAUUGCAGUAUGCUAACUUCAAGGUCGAGCAUGGUUGGUCGAAACAAUCGCUCUCAGAAGUAGAGAACCUGUACUAUCGGCAGAAUCAGACCGAGACGAGCAACGCAACUUCUUCAGCGGCCACGGCUACCGCAGCUGCCAGGAAGAGCACAUCAACGUCACCUAACAACAACAACAACAACAACAGCAGCAGCAGCAACAACAACAGCAACUCAAAACCGCCAACGACGCCGAGCGUUGCCGCUACGCAAUCCCAGGUCGGUGUUGGAUCGAGGUUGUUCAGGGACGCUGCUGUCAAAAAGAUCGAGAUCGAGGGUGGUGAUGUGUUUGGCGGAUAUGGCCUCGCCACUCCACCUGCUUCGGCUUGCAGCAUGUCCGGAGCCACCUCAUAUUUGACGAGCAAGCGCGGACGAUCCACAUCAUCAACGCCCAUCUCUCCACCCAAUACCAGCGCCAAUUCUUCGGCGAGCAGAACGGGUGAUGCUCACAAACCAUCGCCCAACAACAACGGCAGCAUCAAUGGUGCCAGCAAUGCUCCACGCUCAGUGCAAGCUGCAUCUUCUACCAAUGCUGCUGCAGGUGGAGCAAUGAGCUACGCCGAUUUCUGGAGCCGCGUGGGUAGCUCGACCGUUUCAACCGCUGUUGUAUCCAGAUCCUCCACCAGCCCAAGCAAGAAGCGGAGCGCCGACAACGUAGCAGCAGAGUCGAUCGGUGCUUCUUGCGCAGCAUCAGAGCGACCCGUGGCUGCGGCGGCUGGAGCAGCUACGAUUGCCAGUCCCAACAAGCGUGUCCGAAUGGAAUUGGGCGCAGAUCGCUCAGCUUCCAGCAGCCCUGUCAAAGCAGCCUUGUCCGAACGAGGUCCAAGCUUCGCAGCUAGCAGCAUUCACAGACACUGA